UAGUAUUUCCACCCCAACACCCUAUUUUCUGCUCAAACAUAUGCAUGAUUGCAUUGUUUUUAGGGAAUUGGUGAAGGAUAUUAGUAUUUAUUAGGUGUUUUGACAUGGUUGGGAAAAAGUUCAUGAAAAUGGGGAAGAUGCUGAGAAAUUUGAACAUACUACUGUAGAGAAUCAAAUCAAUUAUGGCAAGAAGAUCAUCAAGAAUUCAUGAAGUAGGAGAGAAAAGUGGACUGAGAUGUAUGGGAGGGUUGUUCAGCAUCCUCGAAUCAUGUCAAGGCCGUCCCGGCCAUAUGGUCAUCUCCAACGGGAGGCCAGCAAGUAGAAACAUCAUCGAUUAUCCAAGAGCACUUGACACGAUUGCUAGCUUUGACGAAGAAUGUCGAAAGAUUCAUAAUGGGGCAGGUCAGAGAAGUGACAGCGUUCGUGUUGAUUGUAGAGGCAGAAGCACGAGGAGCUGCAUUGGAGACAAGAUGCCCGUUGAGCAGCACAGAAACAAACGAGACAUGGCCAGGAGACAGCAAUAUGCUAGGUCGAUGAACGAGCUUCCUUCGACUUCAACUGAAAGAGAUUCAACUGUAGGGGCGGUGUGUGCUGAGAAUCACCCGAAAGAGAUUCAACUUUCAGAAUAUCUACAAAGAAAUAGCUUACUUGAAAAGUAUGACAAGGUUGAUAACAUUUGCAUUCAGCAAGUGCAGAUGAGGGCCAAGGCUUUCGUUGAUCAAAUGUACAUCGACAGAAGGAUCGUUCUUGGAGAGGGAAGGAACUCCGAGUCCAAAUCUUUCUUCAAUGCACUGGAAGUGCUUAGCUCUAAAAGGGACCUAUAUAUGGAGUUCCUCCCAGAUCCCAACUCGAUGAUAGCGAGGCGCUCGAAGAAUAUGACUGAGAAAGAUAAAAUAGAGUCAGAACUAAGUGAGGACAGCAUUUCUGCUAAGUCUAGAAGCACGUUGGUGAUGGACGAGGCUGCCAUCAUGAACAAUAAUAUAUUGCAGAGGAUAAAUUAUGAGCUCAUGUGCUCCUCGAAAGCAAAUUUCACAGCCCAGCCUUCAGAUAAAAUAGUAAUACUGAGGCCAGCUCCCCGAAAUGGGAAGCAUUUGGGGAACAGGACCUGCAGCUGCUCGUCGUUGCAGCAUCCUUACAAAUCGAAUAUAAGAGUAUCCGAGGAGAAAACAGCAUCCUUCUCCUUCAGAGAGAUCAAGAAAAAACUAAAACUUUCAUUUGGAGUCACCAAAAAGGAAACCAGAAAUUGCUGCAGUUCUUCUACUAUUGCUGAGAAGGAAAGGAAGGUGUUGAAGAAUAAAGUGCUCAAAUCCAGUAGGGGAUCCGACAUAGCUUGUGUGGCUGAUACCACGCGCAGAAAAUUAUACGUCUCGAGUGAUAGAUCUUCUAACAAACUGGAAUCAGGCGUGAUUUUGGAGGCAAAGAGGCACCUGUCCACAAGAUUGAAUAAUCUGAACUCUGUCGAGGGAGUGACAAGUAGAAAAUCCCCGAUAACCCUGGAGCGGAUCCUCUCUUCACCCGUACACGACUCGUGGCCCUUCAGCCCAAGAAGGGACAGCCUGUAUUGCCCUGGCUCUGCAGAGAUGAGAUUUAGUCCUUACAACACCUCACCCAGAGUAAUUGAAAGCAGUUGUCAUGUACAAAAUGAACUAAGGCCGAACAAAGUUGACGCAACAGCAUAUUCUGUGACUCAAAGAACUGAGGCAGCGUCCAUAGAUAAUAAUAUUCCCACUUCAGACAAAAUGCAAGCUGAUGGGGAAUCAACCAAACCUUCGGAGACGACAGACACUGUCAAAGCACAGAAAUACGAUGGUAUUGUAUUGCGUUUGGCUUCACUAGCAGAAAAUGAGGCAGUUACUUCUACAUUGGAUGAUUUCCCAUCCACUUCUUCAUACGGCCACCAUAUAGAUUCGGCUGAAAACAUCAAAUUUCAAGAAGAGCAUCAAAGCCCAGUUUCCGUUCUUGAGCCUUUCUUCGUAAAAGACGCCAACAGUCCACCAUCAAUCUCACUUCAAACAGGCAGAAAGCCACUGCAGCCACAUCGCCUUGUCUUUGAAGAGUGCUCAUUCGAGUCAUCCCCUCAGCACACACCGGCUAGUGCACAUCCCUGCAUGGAAGAACAACUCUGCCAAUACGUGCAGUUGGUGAUGGAUGCCUCCUCCUUAGAUUGGGAACACCUAUCAGAGAUCAGACCCCAACCCGAACUGCAGCUGAUUCACGAAUCCUUAUUCGAUGAAGUUGAGCUUCCACCCCUCGGCUGUUACUAUGACCCUAAGCUUCUCUUUGAUAGGAUAAACCAAUUGCUACUGGAGAUGUACGAAUGCCACCACUGCUCACCACUUCCUGUCCCGUUAAAGGCCAGGUCGGGGCCACUGGCUGAAGCAGUGCUUGAUGAGAUAUUGGCAGAAGCUGUGUAUUUCAUACUACCCACGAGUGAGAGAAGAAGCUUGGAUGAGAUUGUCUCAGAAGGCGCGAAAUGUGGACCGUGGCUUGAUGAUGUUCGACUCGAUACAGAACGCAUUGUGGCUGAGAUUUCAGAAGCCAUCUUGGAGGAAGCAUUACUUGAGUUUCAUGCAUCAGAAGUUUGAUCUCCUCAUGUUGUAAAAUUAUUUUCACUUUUCUUGAGUUGAGGGUUGAAUGUGAAUCAUCAUGUUUGUAGAAUUGCUGUGAAUAUACUACUGAUACGAAUAUACAGACUGAUAUAUGCGGGCUCCAUUUUAUAAAAAAAAAUAUUUGGGGAUUCUA